AUGGGAGAUGGUCACGUGUCCAUCCAUGGAACGUGUCAGUUCCACAACGUGACUGUUGUUUUGACACCUAGAACUACAGGUUCCAAAGAGUCCACCCAGUACACCUUAUGGACCCUUUGGGAAAGCAUCACGUGCCCACAAAGCAGGAGGGAACAAGAUCUGGGAGUAGUCGCCAGUCAGAAGUACUAUAAAUAUUGUCUUAGGAAGCCUAGCUAUUUUCUUUAUAAAGGCACUUUUGGGGAAGCCCAUUUUAGAAAUCGAAGAGGAAUUCUUGAAUUAGCUGGAGCCAUUAGAUGUACUACAGGACGAUCUCCUUUUGCCUACCUACGUUAUGGAUGCUACUGUGGUCUGGGAGGAAGAGGAUGGCCCAAGGACAGAGUAGACUGGUGCUGCUUUAACCAUGACUGCUGCUAUGGUAAGGCAGAACAAGCAGGUUGUCACCCAAAGAUAGAAAGUUACCACUGGGAAUGUGAAGACAAUGCUGCUGUCUGUGAAUCACUAGAAGACAAAUGUCAAAAAAUGGCAUGUGAAUGUGACCGUGAAGCUGCCAAAUGUUUUUCUAAAGCUCCCUAUCACACAAAAUACCUUUUGUGGCCAGACUUUAUGUGUGGUGAGAUUCAGCCUUUGUGUAGAUAUUAGAUAUAUAGCAUCAGUCUUUAUGAAAGCUCUGUUUUUAAAUCUAAAAUUACUUUUUUGUCACAGUAGUGACAACAAAUUAUUUUCCCCUUUCUUCCUCCUCCUUCCUGCCACCUCAGCCUCUUCACCCCAGAAUGGCCAAAGUAAACAUUUAUCCUCUUAUUUACCUUCUACAGUGCAUGGACUAAAAGCAAGUUCAUUAGUUCCAUGUAAGCUUUUGUUGACUAAGUAGAAAUUUGAAUUUAUCAGCUUAAGGAGUAACUGACUUAAAAUCAAUUUAAUUUAUAAUGAUUCACAGAUUUUUCAGAUUCAUAAUAUCAUUCACUGUAAACUUUUCAUCCCCCGUCCACUGGCUGUAAGAUACAAAUCAAACUUUUCCACUAACAUUUACCUUAACAUUUGUUAACUUUGAACUGACCAGAAGAAAUGCAUGAAGUGACAUCAGCACAAAGAGCCCUCUCAUCUAUAUUAAACACUUACUAUGAAGCCUAAUUUAACUUUUGCAUCUCAUUCACCUUAAGUAGUCCUACCUGUAUUAAAAAUUGCCUAAUAUAAUUCUUUUUUUCUAGUAUUUACUUUUUAAAUACAGUUUUCUAAGAAGUUGUUCACUUGAUAUGGCUCAAGCUCCUUACUCUAUGCACACCUUGAGUUUCCUGUAGGCACAGGGAGAAGUUCUAUUCUUAAAACUUCAGAGCCAGAUUUAAAAGUGCAAAUGCAAACCAUCACCAACACAGAUACAUGAAAAAAGUAGCAGUUACUGGGACCAACAGCCUUUUCCAUAAGUGUUUGAUCUUGGACAGCACGAGUUUGCAAAGUUCAGAAGUGAACAUACCUCAUAAGGAUAUAAAGAUGAUUUUAGCUAGGGUCACUUCAUAGUUUUUUGAAACCUUUUAGAAGAAAAAUCAGUAACACGAAUUGCUGAAUAAUACACUUUUUCAUAAUUGCUAAUUUUAACAGUUUAAGAACCAGGAGUGUUUAAUGUCUGCUUUCACCCACCUCACUUACUUAAAGUUACAGGGCUACAGAACAAGUUUACACAAGUCAAAACUAAUAACAAGUACUUCAAUGUUUAAAAAAAAAACCCCAAAAAACAAACCACUUCUUUAGGAUGGAUGAAGAUUUCAAAACAGAUCUUUAAUCUUUAAAAAUAUUCAUGGGCAAAUUUAAAUUUCAUAACAAUGUAGAAUGCAACGGGACAAAGCUCUUGGGAGGGGGGGGAAUCUUACUUUUGCUUCAGUCAAAAACCAUACAUUAACAAAUGGUAAUCCUGUUUAUACAAAAUAACUUUCCAGUCAAUAUUCGCCCACAGAUCCAGAUACACACAUUAUAUUGCAGUAAGACGUAAUUAAAGUGUCAGGUCACUUUUGCAAAAUAAUCCUUUUAAAGGAUAACACUGAAUUUAAGAAUUAGCAACAGACUUCAAGAGGAGAGCAUUAAAGAAGCUAUUGAUGAAGUCUAACCGAUCUGAAAAAAAAAUUUUGAAUGGCAAUCACCACAUUUUCCAAAAGACAAGAAAACUCAAGCAGUCUUUGCCUUCAAAAGGGGGAAUUUUAGAACAAACUCCGCUGCAAGACUGUGUAUGACAGCCACAACUUUACAUGUAAAGCAGACUGAAAAGACUGAAGUACUUUCAAUAUCAAGCCUAUCCAGGAAGAGCUUUCCUUUGGCAAACUUAAGUUGAGGAACACGUUGCUAGCAUGAAAUCCUAAGUUAAAAAAAAUAAAAAUUAAAAAAAAAAAAUCACUGUAGCUGUUCAGAAGACACCGAUUUUAAGGCAGGCUUGAAAAUAACCAGAAUGCACAA